AUGGGUUUUCAAAUAUUUGUUAAAGGCCUCGAAGGAAAGACCACUACGUAUAAUGAUAUCACGCCAGAAACUAAGGUUAUAGUUAUUAAGAAAAUGGUGGAAGAUAAGACAGGUGUGGAAGCUAAACUCCAACGUCUCAUUUUUGCUGGGAACCAACUCGAAGAUCAAAAAACAGCGGAGGACUAUCAAAUAACGAAAGCUUCUACACUUCAUUUGGUCGUUAG